CGAAUGUAACAAUUAGCUAAAAGCUUAAUUUUAAUUUUUUGUGAAACUGCACCCAGAAAAAGACUAAAUGACCAUUUAUUGUAUUAAUAAAAUUUUGAUCCAGAAAGGCGUUUAGUUUUCUUGUUUUAAAGGUGAAAAGCGGAUGUAGUUGUGCUAUUUUUUCGCUACCUGGAAUGGUAUUUCGACUUUCUGGGUGCAGUUUCACAAAAAAUUAAAAUUAAGCUUUUAGCUAAUUGUUACAUUCGUUUCCAGAGAACAGUCGGUUCAAUCAUCCUGCUUAAUACCGAGUUUUUCCGAUCGAGAAUAGAUCGAUAAUACUGGAAUCAUGAAGAAAACUGCGUGGACUUACUGACUGUUUUCUUUGCAUCACACUCUACAUAAGAUAGUAUUGAAUUAUGUUCUAUAAUAGCUAUACUGAACGAAAUAACGACUGAUUGACUGGAAUCUGUUUUAAAACGAUCCCUAAGCCUUUAGGAAAUUUUCUUGAUUAAAUACUGUCCUAAAACUAAUUGCCUAAUCAUAUUUUUUUUAGAGGAAUAAUAUUACUCUAUGGUGAAACGUGUAUGAGGGUUAAUAGUAGUCAGUUCGCUACAGUGUCAAACUCCUGUUCGCGGAAGAGCUGAUAAAUCCCAGGAGCUUGUCACAAUUUUCUUGCGGCAUGACUAUUAGAUUUUCGCUUCGUAAAAGAACUACGGUUACGUCAGCGAUGUUACUUCAAAUUGUUUAUUUUGAGUCCAGUUCUAGUACAAGAUAACAACAAAAAUCUUGACGAGAAAUACCAACAGAGUAAAUCAUAUGUUAUACACUUCUCCAUUUGUAGUUUUACCGCCACAAGAUCUUAACUGUACAAAAUCAAAUGAAACAUUUAACGAAACGACAACAAUAUAUUCCUACACGGAAACAACUGUUACGUUAGUAACACGUAAAAAAGAACCGGAUUAUAGUUACAGUAAUACGUAUGGUUUAACAGUUCUUACAGAAUUUAAUGAACUUUGUGAUGAUAUCAAACGAAAAAUUCCAUAUAUUGUUUAUAUGGUGAGUUUAAUUAUUGGUGGUCUGGUAUUCGGCUAUGCGGCUGAUCAUAAUGGAAGAAAGGCGACUUUAUUAGGUUCGACUUGGGUUAUUGAGGCAUUAUCCAUAUUUCAGUUAUUAAGUGACGACUAUAUAUCUUAUGUAUUUUUUAUAUUUUUUAUUGGAUUUCCUAUUGGUGCUGUGCAGGUGACCACGGUACCUUAUGUGAUUGAAAUGUUUCCGAUUAAUUCACGUACAAUUUAUGGUUUAUUUCUAAGUGCCACUGUAAUUCUAUUAGAUCAUGUAUUGCCAUGGUUAUCAUUCUCAAUAACAAAUUGGAAAAAUUUACAAUUGGUUGUUACAGUACCAUUGCUUAUUACAAUUCUUUUGAUAGAGUUUGCAGAAGAAUCAAUGUUUUGGUUUGUCGCACGAAAAGAUUAUGUAACAGCUAUAUUAUCUUUAACAAAAAUAGCAGAUUAUAAUGGUGUGAUAUUUCAAAAUUUGUUUCCAGACACAAAUAAUUUUCUUCAUUUGAAACAUUCAAAAGAAAUUCAAUGUGAUUUUCAACCAUUAUUAAGAUUAGAAGAUCUAGCUACUUUAAAGAAAAAAUAUCCGAAUUAUGACAUGGCUGAUUUACAACAAACAGCAGAAAAAGGCACAAAAAUACAACGUCUACUAAGCGUGAUAAAAGGACAACACUAUAAGCCAACAUUGUCGACAUUUUAUCCAACAGACUAUUUUCACUCAUUUAAUUUAUCAAUUUAUUUAUUUGUGUUAUGUAGUCUUUGGUUGAUCAAUGCAUUAUCUGAUUAUAGUUUUGAUACCCUACUUUUCACAAGACAUUUACCAGAAGAUUAUUUUCUUAAUUAUUUUUAUCAACGAUUAAUUGAAAUUGCUUCAUUUUUGGUUGCAUUUCCAUUAGUUUAUACAUUGGGACGAAGAUGGCCAACAUUCUCCUUCUAUGUGAUCGCUGGAAUUUGCUUGGUGAUUUCUGUUAUUGUAAAACUUGAAAGUGAAUAUAUUCGCAUCGCGGGACCAUUAGUUAUUUAUUUUAUUGGAAAAUUUGCAAUUCGAGCAUCAUUUAUUAUCACUCUCUUAUUUACGUGUGAAAUAUUUCCAACUGGUUUAAGAUGUACCACACUUGGCAUAUGUUAUAUGUUUCGAUUAAUUGGCAUGGCAAUAGCAUCAAAAAACAUAGCUGAACAAGCUCCUACGUAUAUCAACAGAAUAUUUUUCUGGCGACGAAAUGGGCGUAGGGUAGAUAAUCAUGUUGGUAGUAAUGAUAUAUCCGUCACACCCCGUGGAAGUCAAACUCUGUCUAAACGAUUCAAUCCAUCGUAUGAACAAACAUUAGGAAAUCCGAUGGUUAUAACUGAAUUGCCGAGCAAUGGCAACGUCAAUGAUAAUUUUGAUAGAAUUGCUCAGCAACAUCAAAUUUCACAAUCGACUAUACUCAUGAGAGACAAAACAUCUGAGAACAAUAAUGUUACAGCUGCUAGUACAAAACAUAGAAGCAAAUCUACAUCUUCACAUUCUCAGAAACACCUAACAGCUCAAAUCCAAAGUGGUGAUGUCACGAACGGAGGCUUACAACCUGUCUCGAGCGAAAUUACAACGAUUGAUUUUAACGACGACCAAGAAAAUGAUGAAUAA